AUGGAUUUGGAAACAGCACGUGCCAAUUAUCCAAACAGACUAGAGAGGUUAGAAGAAGAACGUCUUAUGGACAUGCCUUUCGAUGUUAGUGAACCUCAAGUUGAAGGACACGACGGCUUUGCCAGAUUCUACUGGAAACAUGACGAACAAUUGCAUCCUUUGAGAAGGAAAAAAGGAAAAGGUGAAGACGCACAUGCUCCCAUGGAAAGAACAAGAUAUGCAUAUGAAAAGUAUCGUGAAGUUAGAAGUCAAAUUACAUCUGGUCGAACCUUUACAGUAAACUUUGACGAAGGAAAGAACAAAGAAGGCUUCAUGGGAGUACUUGCUGCAAUUCAAGACGGAAAUAAGAAAGGACACAAUCUCAGAUUGACCAUAACAGAUUUGGAUGGUCACAUUUACUAUGCACAUGGCAAUGAACAAACAGCCGCAAAACUUCUUGACGCUUUCAAGACUACAAAGAGAGAACAAAUGGUUGACUCCGACUCAGACAUUUUGAAUGCAAUUGAAGGAAUUGCAAGUGUCAAGUUCGAAUGGUACCAACCUAACCCUCAAGCAGUCAGACAACAUGCUGGAUACUUCCCGUUCAUAAAUAAGUCUGACAUUGACUUGACAAGGUAUGGAAUUUACAAUUCAAUUGAAACAAUUGUCAAUGAACCUUGUAUUCUUACAUGUCUCAGGAACUCUGGUCUUGUUACAGAUGAGAAGAUGAAGUAUCUUGAGUCAUGCGUGAAGACAAGGUACAUUCUCAGAGGUCAAUUGGCAAAAAUUGCACCGUUGGCAAAUGUCAAUAUCCGAGUCAACAUACCUACAGCUAAAGGUUCUUCACAUGACGACUAUGUUGUUGACAAAGACUUACCAUGGUUGAAGAUUGUAAUU